AUGAAAGUUUGGAAAAAAGAAAAACAUCGCCCAGAAUAUGGGCAUAGAAUUAUUUCAAGGGGCAGAAGAUCCAGUACAAAAAAUUCAGAAAAGCGUAAUAUGCCUCUUGCACUGAUAUCAGAUCCUUGGCAGCGCAUGCAGAUUCAGGAUGCUGAUGUCGGAGCUGAGGUAUUUUAUUAUUUGAGUAGCCAGAACUCUGCCAUUACCAGUCCAACUACCUUUGAUGACAAAAUAUACACUCCCCAAGUUGAUAAUAUGGCAGCAGAUGAAACUUUUGAUGAUGUUCCUCAAGCUGAAGAUAUGGAUACAAAUGAGGUAGUGGAAGGCCUACAUGAAAUUGAACUGACCAACAUUACAAAAGAAGGCUACCCUAAAGGGGCUCCAGAUCAGUUUAAACUUCUUCAAGUUCUUGGCCAAGGCUCAUUCGGAAAGGUUUUUUUAGUCAAAAAGACUGUUGGUCCAGAUUCUGGUAGUUUAUAUGCUAUGAAAGUCUUAAAGAAAGCUACAUUAAAAGUUAGAGACAGAAUGCGAACAAAAAUGGAAAGAGACAUCCUAGCUGAUAUUCGACAUCCAUUUAUUGUCAAAUUGCAUUACGCCUUUCAAACAGAAGGGAAAUUAUAUUUAAUCCUGGACUUCUUAAAAGGAGGAGAUCUAUUUACCAGACUUAGUAAAGAAGUUAUGUUUACUGAAGAAGAUGUUAAGUUUUACCUUGCAGAAUUAGCCCUUGCAUUAGAUCACCUGCAUAGUUUAGGAAUUAUUUAUAGGGAUCUGAAGCCAGAAAAUAUACUCCUUGAUGCUGAUGGGCACAUUAGUCUCACUGAUUUUGGUUUAUGUAAAGAAGCUCUUAGUGAUCAAAAAGCAUACUCAUUUUGUGGGACUGUUGAAUACAUGGCGCCAGAAGUUAUAAAUCGAAAAGGGCAUACUACUGCUGCAGACUGGUGGUCGUUUGGUGUAUUAAUGUUUGAAAUGCUGACCGGGGCCUUACCAUUUCAAGGAGCAAAUAGGAAAGAAACUAUGAUGCAAAUUUUAAAGGCAAAAUUGGGAAUGCCCCAAUUUUUAAGUCCGGAAGCUCAAAGUCUCUUACGUGCAUUGUUUAAGCGAAACCCUGCCAACAGAUUAGCUUCUGGCCCAAAUGGAAUUGAAGACAUGAAAGUUCAUCCAUUCUUUGGGACAAUAGAUUGGCAGAAAUUAUAUGACCGUGAAAUAAAGCCGCCAUUUAUUCCAGCAGUUUCCAGGUCUGAUCACACAGCUUAUUUUGACAAAGAAUUCACCACGCGAACUCCCGAAGAUUCUCCUGGAUGUCCACCAAGUGCCACCGCCCAUGAACUGUUUCGUGGUUUUAGUUUCAUUGCUCCUAGUCUUGAUGAAAAUAGUGCCAAGAAUAGUGAAAAUAAUCAGAAAAGUCAGAAAGCUGAAAGAAGUUUUGCUGUUAAAGAAUUUAUUCAAAAAGAAUACGAGUUUAAAGAAGAACUUGGUAAAGGAUCUUAUUCAUUAUGUAGAAGAUGCAUAUAUAAGGAAAAUGGAAAAGAGUAUGCUGUUAAAAUUAUAGAUAAAAGUAAAAGAGAUUGUGAUGAAGAAGUGGAAAUUCUCUUACGUUAUGGCCAACAUCCAAAUAUUGUCACUUUAUAUGAUGUUUACGAAGAUUCAUCUUCUGUUUAUCUCAUCAUGGAACUACUACAUGGGGGAGAACUCUUAGAUAAGAUUCUGAGUAAAAAGAAUUUUAGUGAAAAAGAAGCUAGUGCUAUAUUGGGGAUUAUUGCAAGAACCAUUAAGUAUCUUCAUGACAAUGGUGUUGUUCAUAGAGAUUUGAAGCCCUCUAAUAUAAUGUUUGCUGAUCAGUCUGGUAGUCCAGAAUCCUUAAGGAUAUGUGACUUUGGUUUUGCGAAGCAAAUUCGAGCUGAGAAUGGUUUGCUAAUGACUCCUUGUUAUACAGCUAACUUUGUUGCUCCAGAAGUACUGAAGAAACAAGGUUAUGAUGAAGCUUGUGACAUAUGGAGUAUGGGUGUUUUGCUAUACACAAUGCUUGCCGGCCAUACUCCAUUUGCUUAUGGGCCAACUGACAAGACAAAAGAAAUUUUAUCCAGGAUAGGAGAAGGGCGUUUUGAUUUAACGUCUGGAAAUUGGACUAAUAUUACAUCUGCUGCAAAGCAUUUAGUACAAAAAAUGCUGCAUGUUGAUCCCAAGCAGAGGUAUAGGGCUGCAGAUGUGUUAAACCAUGCAUGGAUAAUCAGUAAGGAACAGUUGCCUAGCUGUCAAUUGGUACUGCAAGAACCUGCAAUUGUGAAGGUAGGUGCCAUGGCAGCUACAUUCCGUGCCAUUAAUACUAUUCCAAGCUCUCCUACCCUGCAACCUGUAGAAGCGUCUAAACUUGCUCGUCGUCGGCAAAGAAGUCGUCCCAAAUCUUCCACAGAUUGA